AUGGAACUUCAUCCAAACAUACCUGGUUAUCAGCCUCAAGAAAAAUAUAUAGAACCAGGAAUUCCACAAGAUAUUUCAGAAGCAUUGCAACAUUCUCCACUUGCAUCGGUUGUCAGUGUAGAACCUUUAUUACAGACAAUCCCACAAUUGAGAGUAAAUUCCAACAUUGAUUCGGUGCUACGUCUUUCAGAUGAAGAAAUUCAUGCAUCCCGUGUUUUAAUUAGCAGUUGGAAUAGCUUUGAUCUUAAUAAAAACAAAGAAAUAUUAUCACCUACUUUGAAAGAAAUUACAAGUUUAUUAAAAGAAAUGCCAAUGAAAAAAUGGUCAUUUAAAAUGCAAGAGAGAACAGAUAACUUUGAAACACAAUAUCAAGAUUAUUAUGCAGAACCAUCAAAAUUAGGAGCAUUUGCACGUACAUUAGUUGAUCAAUGCACUGUUGACGUAAAAUACCCAUCUCCAGUAACACCGACACAGCAUAUAUUACAAAAAAAAACAUCUUCAGUGGAAGAGCAAAGUUUCAGAAAAAAAAUAGAGAUUCCUAUAGAUUUUCGUACAAAAACGCCUGAAAAAUAUCCUACAGAUAUGCUAUUGACACAUCCAUGGACACCACAAUCGAAUACAAUACCACAUACACCUACAUCUAAAAAUAGUAAGCGCCAAAUACCUUCUUCUGGAAGAAGUAUACAUAAAUCAAAACGAUUCGUUAAUAUUUUUGAUGAUGAAGAAUAUUCAAAUGCACUUAAUGACCAAUUAAAGGGAGAGAGAGCAAUUGAGCAACUACAAAAUGUAAUUCAAUUUAUUUUUGAAGCAGAAGAUGCAAUGGUACCUGAUACAUCCCGCUUUGAGGCGCAGGAUUUAUAUACAUCAUGUUGGAUUGAUCAAACGGUGCCUUUUGAUGCACUUUGUUUGAAUAUGGAAAUCCUCGCUAAAUUAGAUACUGCUAUCCGAAAAGUUUGUUCAAUGCAUUUAAUGAGUAGUUUACCAGUUGAUAUGCUUUCUCGCUUGAUAAAAAUAUGUUCACGAUCUAUUAAUGAAUCAGAGUUAAUAACUUUAACAAAACAGUCGUUUGAGACAAACUCAUAUGAAAAAAACUUAUCUUUAAUUACGAAAAUAGGAUCAUCAAUUUACUCUUUAAUUAUAUUAAUGAAAAUACUAACUUCAGAGCAAUUGAGCAAACAGCUAUAUUCUGAAGAUAUCUUAAUUGAAAUGGCUCAUUUUUUAAAAUCAACGCUAGAUAAUGUCAUAUACGUUUUAGCUGAUAUUGAACUUUCAAAAGAAUCAAGUUUAUUAAAAUUUAAGAAAUCUAUGAAUAUGAUAUUGUAUAAUGUUACAGACAUUAUAGAAUAUUUUGGUCAUUUAAUUAAUUUGAUUGAGAUACCUGAUAGUGUAAUUACACGUCUUGAAUUUCUUUGCAUUCCUGCUAUAUUUAUUGAAAACUUAACUCUAACUAAAGAUCAUUUAUUUAAUAAUCAAGGAUUAGAAGCCUUAAAAGUAGCUUCUAUGAAUAUAAUUCAGAAGAUUUAUACGAGAUACCCAGAUCAACGUAUGUUUAUAUUAGAUGAAAUUUUAACUAGUCUUAUUAAAUUACCAAUAAAUAAACAGCAAGCUCGUCGUUAUAAGUUAGUUGAUGGUAAAUCUAUACAACUAGUUUCUGCUUUAAUUAUGAAAUUAAUACAAUCAUGUGCUAACUCAUAUAAAACCAAUAAAGAGAUAAAUAUAUAUCAGUUUUUAGAAAAAGAUAUUGAUCAUAUAAAAAAUGAGUUUGAGAGCGAUUUGAGUACUAAGUUCAGUUCCUCUGAAUUAUUAGAAACGGUUUUGAAUACAAGCUCUCAAUACAUGGAUUCAGUUACAAUAAUUGCUAAUCAUGUUAUAUCUUUUUUAUUGUCUAGAGCUACAAAGAUAUCAAAAGAUAAUAAUUUUUCGCAUAAAAUAUUAUUAGAUAUUUUUAUAGAAGAUCUUCUUUCUGUAUUACCAUUACCUUCAUGGCCAUCUUGCGAACUUCUUUUAAAACUUACAGUUACUAAACUUUUAAAUUACAUAGAUAAUGAUAAAGAAUGUUUUCAGACAAAAGGAUUAUCUCUUGAUCUUUUGGGAAAUAUUGCUUCAAAAAUUCGCUUUUUUUCUCAAAUUUCUAUGCAAUUUGUUAAUUCUUUAUCAAAAGAUAAUGUUCUCAGCAAAUUUUCAUUAAUAUUACAGAUAGGAAAUUUUUCUUUUGAAAAAUUAGAAGAUUUAGAAAACAUUUUUCAAUUGCAUUUAUUAAUUCUAAAAUCUUUUGAAUUUCAAAAUAGCGAAGAAUCUAAAGAUCAUAAUAUGAUACAAUAUUCAUGGCUAAGAUGGAUAUAUUUUAUUAAGUCUUUAAAGCAAAAAUAUAUAUCUCAAAGUGACUUUACUUUUUCUAAUGAUCAUGCAUCUAAAAUCCUUAAAUUGGUAUAUUUUAUAAACAUUUUAGAUGAUAAAACAUAUAAUGGAAGCGAUUUCUUCCUUGAUAAAAUUUUUGAAUUAUAUAUUUUAUAUUUAUCUAUUUAUUCUUUAUAUCAACUAUUUGAUGCUAUUUUAUCUAGAAUUUUACGAUGUCUUGAUAAUAAUCAAGUAUCUAUAAGAACUAAGGCUCUUCGUUCUUUAGGACUAAUUGUCAAUAAUGAUUUCAGUAUUCUUUCUAAUAUUAAGGUUAGACAGCAUGUUACAGCACGUAUUGCAGAUAUAUCAUCUCAAGUUCGUGAAGUUGCUAUUGAUCUUGUAGGAAAAUAUGCUAUUUCUCAAAAAGAAAUAGGGCAACAAUAUUAUUCUGUCCUUAGCGAACGCAUAGCAGUAAAAAGUAUUUUUUUGUAUUCAUAUUUUAAUAUGAUUAAGGAUACUGGUCUUAAUGUUCGUAAAAGAGUAAUUAAAUUUUUAAAGGAUUUUUAUGUAAUAUCUGAUAAUCGAGAAAUACAAAUAGAUAUUGGAAGAAAAUUAAUUCAACGUUUAUGUGAUGAAGAAGAUACUAUUAAAGAUCUUUCAGCAAAAACUAUUGAAGAGAUAUGGUUUUCUACACAAAAUGAUUUAAAUGAGGAAAAUAUAGCUUCAAUAAAAUAUAAAAAAGCUCAAAUCACAAAAAUAUCAAUUUUUCAAGAUGUAAUAGAAAACCUUCGAGAUGAAGAUAGAUAUUUAUUUAAAAUAUUUCUUCGAAAAAUAUCAGCAUCAAAAAAUAUAAAUCCUUCAAAUUCAGUAUUUCUAUCAUUUAUAAAUUUGAUGUUUGAUAUGCUUUUAGACUAUCAUCAAAAUCAAGAUACGAAAAUGCUUGAAAAAUGCCUUAAUACUAUUAUAAUUUUUUCGGAGGCUUGUCCAAAAUUAUUUUCAAGUAGUCAGUUAAUAAAUAUUCAGCCAUAUUUGAAUGGAUUAAAAUCUUCUCAAGAACAAAUUAUAUUUUUUUAUACAGUUAUUAUUUAUCGUAAUGUUUUACCUCAUAUUUCCUCUAUUCCAAAAAAAGUUAUGAUUAACAUACAAAAAAUACUUCUUUCUCAAUUAACGAAACUUCCAGCCAAAAUUUUGAACGAAGUUGUACCAUGUCUUUCAAUUAUAGCUAAUUUACUUGGUGACUAUGAACGUGUUGGCAAAAUAAUGUUAUCUUGUAUAAAAGCAAUUGAGCCCUAUAAGACAAUGUUACAAGAUAAAAGAGAAAUUAAUGAUGAUAAAAAGUUGAUUUUACUUUUACUUCUCCUUGGUCUUUUUGGACGAUAUUGUAACUUUGAUAAACAUUAUGAAUUUUUUAGUGUUUCCUUAAACUUAAAAACAGAUACUUCAGUUGCAAAAUUUUUAAUCGAUACUAUAUCAAUAUUUUUUUCUUUAUCAUCAAAUAUUCAUAUAUCAAUUCAAAAAGUUGCUUUACAUAGUAUAGGAACUAUUUGUAUUGCACAUUCCAAAUUCUUUUUAUAUGAUGAAAAUUUAAAAAUUAUGAAUCAAGUUCUUGAAGGUAAAUCAAUUGAGCUUCAAAAUACUCUUCUUUCUAUAUUUUAUGAUUUUCUUUCUAUUGAAGAAAAGGAAUGUAGAUAUGCUUUUGAAAAUGAAAAAAACACUCAAUUAUUAGAAAGUAAAUCUAUUGAUAUAAACAUCACAGAAAAUAUGAAAAAAAUUGAAAAUGAUGGUAUAAGCAUAUCAUUAAUGCAAAGAUAUCUAUCUCAAAUUCUUGAAAUUUCUAUGAAUGAAGAUGCAAAACUAUCAAUUGUUGCAAUUAAAAUUUUAGAAAUUAUUAUUACUAAUGGUAUUGCAAAUCCUAGAACAUGCAUUCCUGUUAUUGUUGCUUUGGAAAUUUCCUCUAAUAAAUUAAUUAGAGAUAUUGCUAUAAAAAUACAUUUGGAAAUACAUGAAAAACAUGAAUCUUUAGUUGAAGGAUGUUAUAUUGAUAGUGUUAAAAUGGCAUUUCAAUACCAAACUCGUAUAAAACAUCUAAAUUCAGAUGAUAAUUCUGAAUGUUUGCUUAUUUUCUUAUAUAAUAUCAUUAAACAAAAUCGACAAGGCCGUAAAAAGUUUUUAAUUGGGUUAACAAAAAUUUUAGAUAUUGAUAUGUCACAAAUUAAUUUACACAAUAAUGAAGAUAUUUCUUUUUCAAAGUUUUUAAUUCAGAAUUUAGCGUCCUUUGAAUACAGUACUAUAGAAGAAGUACAAUGUAUUAUUUAUACUACUAACAGAAUUUUAUCAACAACAGGAAUGUCUCUCUAUCAACAAAUUGAAAUGAAAGAAUUUAAAUUUGAAGAUCAUGAUAUUAUUAGAAUUACAAUAGCAUCUGCUCAAAUGUUGGCAUUAGUUUUAUUAAAAAAAUAUUUAAAGGAAAGCUAUGGAUUAACAGAACAAAAAUGUCGAUUUUUUGACCCUAAUAGACUCGGGAAUUCAAAAGAUAAUAAACCUGCUAAUAAAUUACUUAAUAUAUCACUAAAUUUAGAUCUAAUAUCGAAUAUUACUAAUUCUACAAUAACUAAAAAUCUUUCAGAAAAAAUUAUACAAAGUUUUUAUGAUAUAAUUUCAAAUGAUGAUGUUAAUUAUAUGGAGUUUAUGGAAACAAGUGAUGAACACAAUCAAAUAGAAAAUGAAAAUAAAAAUGGAAUAGAAAUUUCUGAUAAAGAAAAUGAAAUAAUUAAUUCUGUGAAAAUAAAAAAAAACAAAGUUUCUAAAAGAAAAACUAAAUUAUCCAAAAAUAGCAUAUUAAAAAAAAAGCAUAAGCAUAAUAUAAGUACUAGUAGCGAAUGA